AAAAACCACUCUCAGACAGAUUAAAAAAAACAGAAAAAGAAAAACAGAGCAACUCUCAGAAAAUACUAUCAUACAUUCACACACACAAAAAAACACACACUUUCUCUGUUUUGUGAGCCUUUGUUUGCUUAUUAUGUAAACCCCAAACUAAAAUCUUUGUAGAGUAUCUUUUCUUCUGCUCUGCUUAUUACUAUUCCAUAAACCCAAGAUUUUGCAUUCAAAUUUCAUGGCUCUGUUUGGAGUCUCUCUGUUUACUCUGUUUUCAUUGCUACUCGUUGCUCUGUUUCCAAGCCUCUGUUUUACUGCUGACCCAAGUAUUUUCUAUGACCUUCGUCUCUCUUACAUCACUGCAUCACCUCUCGGCGUUCCUCAACAGGUUAUUGCGGUUAAUGGAAAGUUUCCAGGUCCCCUAAUCAAUUCUACUACUAAUGACAAUGUUAAUGUCAAUGUACAUAAUGAUUUGGAUGAAAAUCUCCUGAUGACCUGGUCUGGGAUUCAGAUGCGGCGUGACUCUUGGCAGGAUGGUGUUCUUGGCACAAAUUGUCCAAUUCUACCAAAAAGGAAUUGGACUUACCAGUUUCAAAUGAAGGAUCAAAUUGGGAGCUUUUUCUACUUCCCAUCCCUCAAUUUUCAGAGAGCAUCUGGUGGCUUUGGUCCUAUCAUUAUUAAUAAUCGGGUUAUAAUUGCAAUUCCUUUUGCACAGCCAGAUGGGGAUAUCACCAUUACAAUAGGUGACUGGUAUACCCAGAACCAUACGGCACUACGAUCAGCUCUUGAUGCUGGAAAAGGCCUUGCGAUGCCUGAUGGAGUUCUCAUCAAUGGAAAGGGGCCUUACAGAUACAACAACACCCUUGUACCUGAUGGCAUUGAGUAUGAAACCAUUCAAGUUGAUCCAGGCAAAACAUAUCGAGUUCGUGUGCACAAUGUUGGAAUUUCAACUAGUUUGAACUUUAGAAUUCAAAACCAUUUUCUGCUUCUAGCAGAAACAGAAGGAUACUAUACAACGCAACAAAAUUUUACUUCCUUAGAUAUUCAUGUUGGGCAAUCUUAUUCGUUUUUGGUUACCAUGGACCAGAAUGCAAGUUCUGAUUACUACAUCGUGGCAAGUGCUAGAUUUGUGAAUGAAUCUCUUUGGCAAAGAGUGACCGGUGUUGCUGUUUUACGCUAUUCCAAUUCUAAAGGACCAGCAACUGGUCCUCUCCCUGACCCACCAAAUGAUUUUUAUGACAAGUCAUGGUCAAUGAACCAAGCAUUAAGCAUCAGGCAAAAUGUAUCUGCAAGUGGAGCUCGCCCUAAUCCUCAAGGUUCCUUUCACUAUGGUCAAAUUAAUGUGACUCAGACCUAUGUGAUAAAGACUGUGCCACCAGAAAUAAUUAAUGGGACGCUUCGAACCACACUUAACGGGAUCUCAUUUGUCAAUCCUGACACACCAAUCAGGCUUGCUGACAAGUAUAAUGUGACGGGAGCUUAUAAGCUUGAUUUUCCUGAUCAGCCUCUUAACAGAACACCCCGGGUGGACAGAUCUGUUAUUAAUGCUACAUAUAAGGGAUUCAUAGAAAUCAUAUUUCAGAACAACGAUACCGUGAUGCAGAGUUUUCAUGUAGAUGGCUAUUCAUUUUUUGUGGCUGGGAUGGGUACUGAUGAGUGGACAGUAGACAGUAGAAGUAGAUAUAACAAGUGGGAUUCAAUUUCUCGCUCCACUACACAGGUUUUCCCUGGGGGAUGGACAGCAGUCCUUAUUUCUUUGGACAACGCUGGAGUGUGGAACAUUAGAACCGAAAAUCUUGAUAGAUGGUAUCUAGGUCAAGAAACUUAUAUGAAAAUUAUCAAUCCACAGGAAAAUGGUGCAACGGAGAUGGAUAAACCUGAAAAUGUUCUAUAUUGUGGUGCCCUCCAAUACUUAGCAAAGGAUCAAAACAAUUCUGCAGGAUCAGUUUUAAGAGGAAACUCAAAACUGCUUUUCACUUUGCUGGUGGCGUUCUUUGCUUUGAUUAACAUUUCAAGCUAAGCUUUGCUGCUGAUUGGUGAGAAAUAUGAUACCAAACUGUGACGGCUUUGUCUUGACUCUGUUGCAGGUGUGAUGUUUGUGUUGGAGAUGUUUGUGAGACAUAUUUAGUUUAGGUGUGCAAACCUUUGUCAGUACAAAAUUUUCUGGCAAGGACAACUGUUUCCUUUCCUCCUUUUUUUUUUUUUUUUUU